GGCUGGAGGACAUUGAAGCUCCGGAGUUGGAAAGUAGUUUCGUUUUCUCCGUCUUCUAUCCUUGAACUUGAAAGAACAAUUAACAAAACUGAGGCUGAUCCGGCAGAAAAAAUGGAUAAAGAAACCGACACAACUGAGAUUGAAGAAACAGAGGAGGACCAAGAGAACUAUGGAGAAGGAGACACAGUAGAUGCAAAACCUGACCGCAAAGGGAGAUUUUCGCUUUUUGGCAGUAAGAAGAAGGAUGGCAAGUUGCAAGAAAAAGAGCAACCUUCUGAAAGCCAUUACAGGAUUGUUUCACCAACAUUCCAGUAUAAGAUGAGCCACCGGCGUGUUGGCAAGUGCAUCAUCAUCAACAACAAGAACUUUGAUGAUAAGACAGGGAUGAAUGUGCGCAACGGCACAGAUCGUGAUGCUGGAGAGCUGUACAAGUGCUUUAAAAAUUUGGGCUUCGAGGUUUUUGUCUACAAUGACCAGACCUGUAGGAACAUGGAGCGGCUACUAAAAGAAGUCUCACAAGAGGACCACAGCGACAGCUCCUGCUUCGCCUGCAUCUUGCUGAGCCACGGCGAGGAGGGCAUGAUUUACGGCACGGAUGGAGCCAUGCCCAUCAAGAGCAUGACCUCGCUCUUCAAGGGAGACAUGUGCAAGAGCCUCGUGGGCAAGCCCAAGCUCUUUUUCAUCCAGGCUUGUCGGGGUUCAGAAUUUGAUGAUGGUGUGCAGACAGACUCAGGACCACCUAAUGACACGAUAGAGACAGAUGCCAAUCCAAGACACAAGAUUCCAGUUGAGGCAGACUUCCUGUUUGCUUAUUCAACUGUGCCAGGAUACUACUCCUGGAGGAAUCCGGGUCGAGGAUCCUGGUUUGUCCAGGCCCUCUGUAGCGUUCUUAGUGAGUUUGGCAAGCAACUCGAGAUCAUGCAGAUCCUCACACGGGUCAACUACAUGGUGGCCACCAACUUCGAGUCCUGGUCAGAAGACCCCCGUUUUACCGAGAAGAAACAGAUACCUUGUGUGGUGUCCAUGUUGACUAAAGAGCUCUACUUCAACUGAUCUACAUUUCUCAGCAUGCACAUUUCUCUCUCGAAGGACCUUAUAGUAGCACACUUUUAAUUUGUUAUCUUUUAACAGUAAAUAUUAACCAAAUUGUUAAUUUUUUUUGUCAUUGAUCCGCCAUAAGGAGGGAAACCUCAGUCUACUACUUGAGCAAAAUAAUUGUAAACGGUGCACAUUUCAGGAUGGCAGGCAGGAAAGACACAUCAGGUGUACAAAGACUGACCACUGACUGACUAAAUGACUGACUGAACGACUGACUUCUAUCGACCAAGCGGUCACAACAUUCAGGGAUGAUCCCAGCUGGACGUUUGUGUGUGAAAGCAAUUUGUUACGUUACGCUGGGCAUACAGACACCGAAAUAGUCUUCCCUUGUGCUACUUCCUGUUCAAGUUCACUACUUUUUCAGUAAUUGUUCUGCUUCAUCUAUCUCAGAGUAUUCCAGGGAACAGUGAUGUCACAUAUUAUCUGAUCUUUGUCUACUGGCAGUGUCAAAUAUUCAUGUUGCUUUGCCAACUUUGAAAGUUUUCUGCCACUUUUACUAGAUAAAACUUUGAUUUUAAUAAAAAAUAGUGCUUGAAAAAAGACAUCCAAUACCACACAAAACCUUUGCUGUUGUUUUGUUUUUAUAUUACAAGCAACUUAAGCAUAAACUCUAAGCAUUUAAAUAGCCAUUUGUAGCAUUUUAGUUUGGUUUGGUUUGGUUAUUCCAGAAUACUCUCCAGAGGAGGUCAAAGAAAGGGCAUGAAUGGAACUGGAGUGGCAAAUAGUGAAGUAAUGCUGACACCCGCACAGUUUUAAAAAAGCAUUUAAUUCAUCCCUCGCUGAAAUCAGAUCAGCAUUCAUCCUGUGUAUUUUAAACACAUUGUAGCUUUAAAGUCUUCACGCAGUAUUUACUGAUGUUUUGUACUGAAUCUGUCUAUAAUCAACAGAGGCAGCUACUGUUUUACAGGUGACCAUUUAACCAUUUAUCACCCAUCUGACCAAAUAUGCUGUUUCAAACUUAAUGGAAGGUUCUGAUGUUUUCAGAGCCUGUUUUGUUCAACGGUUUUUCCUUUCCUUUCAGUUCUUUCUGUAUUUCUCGUUCUCAUUGUUCAUUCAAAUCACACACAAAAUCUGCCAGCCUGUGCACCAUCCGACCGCCACAAAUGAAAGGCCCUCUUUUCUUUAUGCAUGGAUUAUUAGUGAAGUGCUCCAACUAUACUGAAAAAAGUGCUAGCUCCACUUGUUUUGAAAUAGAAAACAAUUUUUAAUUUUAUAGUACAUUGUUUUUUAAAUUUAAUUGCUUUACUGUGAUAACAGGAAUGUUAAUUAAUUGGAAAUCUGAACUGAAAAAUAAAUAAUAUAUUUUGGCACAAAUGCCCUGAAAAUUUGUUUACACUGUGUCAACAUUAUUGUAUAAAGUGGAGCUGAUUUUUCUUU